AUGAAUGACAAGAAAGCGGUAGAUGGAGAUUUUUCGCCGGGGCGAAAUAAAGUGAAAAAGUUAUUGGAGCGAUUCGAGAAGCCACAGACUGUUGCCGCUCGGAAUAGUUUCUCAUCAUUGACAGUGCGGGACAGAUGUCAGCCGAAAUCGCGGCAUCGUUCUUCGAAACAAGCAUUUGCUGGCAUCUAUCAGAAACGGAGUAUUCUUAAAAGGCAGUCAAAAAGUCAUACGGACAUUCGACCAAAUGUAAGGUCAUCGAUGAUUGCUCGACGACGAGGCGUAAUGUCCAAAAGUUAUAGCCACGGAGAUCAGGUUGACUUCAUCUCUGUUAUCAGGUUCGAUUCUGCGAUUAAAUGA